CGCCGAGCCGGGCCCUCCACCACCACCACCACCACCGCCGCCGCCGCCCGCCGAGGGCAAGUGGAAGAGCGGUUCGCGGCGCGGCGGGAUGGGGGCCGGCGGGGGCUCGCCGGGGCAGGCGGCCUGCCUGCGGCAGAUCCUGCUGCUCCAGCUGGACCUCAUCGAGCAGCAGCAGCAGCAGCUGCAGGCCAAGGAGCGGCAGAUCGAGGAGCUCAAGGCCGAGCGGGACACGCUCCUCGCGCGGAUCGAGCGCAUGGAAAGGCGGGUGCAGCUGGUGAAGAAGGACAGCGAGCGGGAGAAGCACCGCAUCUUCCAGGGCUUCGAGGUGGACGAGAAGCCGGAGGCGGAGGCGUGCGAGAAGCUGCCGCUGGAGUGUCCCCAGGACCUGCUGGAGCCCCCCCCGACCCUGCAGCCCAAGCACUUCCCCUACGGCAGGAACGGGAAGGGGCAUAAAAGGAAGCCGACGUUUGGGAGCGCGGAGAGGAAGACGCCUGUUAAAAAACUGGUGUCCGAGUUCUCGAAAGUGAAGAGUAAAACUCCGAAGCACUCCCCGGGGAAGGAGGAAUCGGGUGGCUCCUUGUCCGAAACUGUUUGUAAACGAGAACUGCGGAGCCAAGAGACUCCGGAAAAACCCAGGUCGCUCCUGGAGACCCCGCUCCGAGCCUCGGCCCCGCCGAAGGGCCCCGGUGCCCACCCCAAGGAGAAGGGCUUCUUCAGCAGCGAGACAGACGACCUGCCCUAUCUCUCAACCACGGAAAUGUACUUGUGCCGCUGGCACCAGCCGCCCCCGUCGCCGCUGCCGUUGCGGGAGCCCUCCCCAAAGAAGGAGGAGACUGUAGCAAUUCCGUCUUGGAGGGACCAUGUCGUGGAGCCCCUGAGAGACCCCAACCCCUCGGACCUCCUGGAGAACCUGGACGACAGCGUCUUUUCCAAACGGCACGCGAAGCUGGAGCUGGAUGAGAAACGAAGGAAAAGGUGGGACAUUCAGCGGAUCAGGGAACAGAGAAUUCUACAGCGGCUGCAGCUCCGAAUGUACAAAAGGAAAGGGAUUCAGGAGUCGGAGCCUGAAGUUACCUCAUUUUUCCCUGAGCCAGAUGACGUGGAAAGCUUGCUCAUCACCCCUUACCUGCCUGUCGUCGCCUUUGGCCGGCCCUUACCAAAACUGACCCCACAGAACUUUGAGCUGCCCUGGCUGGACGAGCGCAGCCGCUGCCGGCUGGAGAUGCAGAAGAAGCAGACGCCGCACCGGACCUGCCGGAAAUAGCAGAGCUGCCGGGAGCUCCCUACAUCGCCGGGUCGUGCCAACGGCCGCUGACCUCUCCUGCCUUCUCGUUGACGGAUGGUUUCGUUCCUCCGUGACCCCAGUUUUGUUCUCUUGGGUUUUGCAACACGUUCCCCGGACUUGUCCCCUCGUGCUGGCAGCCGUACGCCCGGCGGCACCGGUCAGCUGCCGGCCGAGGCUUCCCACCGGCUGCUCCGGUCCUGGGGGCAGGAGGCGGACCCCAGACCCUGCCUGCCCAUCCUGCCCGUCCUCGCUGCCUGCCGCAGCUCCGCACGCUGCCCCUGCCCUCCCGCAGCCGAUGUUCGGCUUAUUUUGGACAUUUGGCUUUGAGCCGCAGGCGGGAGCACGGAGAGCA